ACAAGAAGCGUAAUCGAAAAUCUCGAGGUUAAAGUUGCCUGUGCUACUGAGGCAUACUAGAAGUGCGCGUGAGGCAUGCCAGAAAAUUAGAACAUUAACUAAUUAGUUUCGUGUGAUAAAUUUCUGACUGAGUGUGUUUUUUCGACCACGAGUCGAAUGUUGGUCUAAAAACGUAAUCAGUGCACGACACGCGAUACACUUGAUUUUAUGAAAUUUCGUAUGGAAAAUAUUAGUCUCAUAUUCGUCUUAUCACGUGAAACCAAAGGUCGGGCAACAAUGCUCGUAUACAAUUUUAUUCCCUCGCUUGCAUGACUGUUGGACCUUGGGUAAUUCAACCAAGUAUAUUAACGAAACAAUAGAACCUUCUGCUAUUAUACCGAUACAGAAAGUGUCAAAAUAGUACCGAACUUAAGAAUUUAGUUCGUUUUAUUUUCGAAAAAAGACAUGUCAUUAAGAAGACCCAUUCCAGUGAACUCAAAACAUGCUUUUUUCUUUCCCAAGAUCGUGCCACAUUUUCUUUAUCGAUAGCGAAGCGAGAAAAAGAAAAAGAAUUGGAUGAUAUUUUGAACGCAAGUAUAGGUGUACGUACAAUCGUUGGUUGAUAUGUGGACAAGCUGGUUUGGCGCAGAUUAUAUUCACAAAGUGAGUAUGUCCAGAAGAAAGCUCUGCGGUGACAGACAAUUUAACAACGUGGAUUAUACACAGCUUACAGAAACUGAUAGUGGCUUUGUUGAUUCCCAGUUUGUGAAUCCACCAGUCAAAAUACCAUGGAAAGCUAUUACAUUGGCAGCGCUCCUUUUUGUUGGAGGCACUGUUAUGUUAAUCAUAGGUAGUCUAAUUGUGAGUGGACAUAUAGAUUCAAAGUAUUCAGACCGUAUGUGGCCAGUUAUUAUCUUAGGUAUUCUAAUGUUUAUACCAGGUGCUUAUCAUAUGAGAGUAGCCAUUUUAGCCUAUCAACAAGUACCAGGCUACUCAUUCGAUGAUAUACCAGAGUUUGAUUAA